AUGUGGUACAUCAUGCAAAGUAUUCAGAGUAAAUACUCUUUGUCUGAGCGAUUGAUCAGAACCAUUGCCGCCAUCCGCUCCUUCCCGCAUGACAAUGUAGAAGACCUCAUCCGAAAGGGAGCUGAUGUAAACCGAAUGCAUGGCACUCUUAAACCGCUGCACUGUGCCUGCAUGGUGGCAGAUGCUGACUGCGUAGAGCUGCUCUUGGAGAAAGGGGCUGAGGUGAAUGCGCUGGAUGGGUACAACCGUACAGCUCUGCACUAUGCAGCAGAGAAGGAUGAGAGCUGUGUAGAGCUGCUACUGGAGUAUGGGGCACUGCCAAAUGCUUUGGAUGGGAACAAGGACACUCCUCUGCACUGGGCUGCUUUCAAAGAUAACCCUGAGUGUGUGCGGGCCCUGCUGGAGAGCGGGGCCUGUCCCAAUGCUAGGGACUACAAUAACGAUACCCCCCUGAGCUGGGCAGCUAUGAAGGGGAACCUGGAGAGUGUCAAAGUGCUGCUGGAGUAUGGUGCUCAGGUGCAUGUGACCAACCUGAAGGGGCAGACUCCCAUCUCGAGGCUGGUGGCUCUGUUAGCUCGAGGGCUGGGCACUGAACAGGAGGAGGAGUGUUUGGAGCUGCUUUGCCGUGCAGCAGGGCGGUUUGAGAUCCGGCGCGCUGACGGGACCCUCCCCCGGGAGCUCAGUAAAGACCCACAGCUGCUGGCAAGGUUGAGUAGCAUGGUGGCCCAGGCACCCUCUCUGCGCUCCCUGGCUCGAUGUACCGUGCGCCAGAGCCUUGGGGUACAGUUCCUCCCUGCUGCUGUGAAAGAACUGCCUUUACCUGAAACUGUCAAAGACUAUCUACUGCUGAGAGACUGA